GAGCUACGUGCAUGGCAUCAAGCACAAGUCUUUUCUUCUCUUCCUGUACGUUCAUUGGUCAUCGCCCAGGACUUGAAUUGUUUAGGGCAUACAAAUAUGGCCAUGAACGUCUCCACCACCACUGGUUUCUUUACCACCACUGCCACCUCCUUCGCCUCCACCUCCUCUAUCAACGCUGUCAAAAUCCUGCUGGUCACCCUCUUCAUUUCCAUUGUUAGUACUGUUAUAAAGAGUCAAAAAAGGGCCGCCUACAAGAAAGCUAGCAAGAACCUCUCACUCCCUCCUGGUCCUACUCCAUGGCCACUCAUCGGAAAUAUCCCUGAAAUGAUCCGAUACAGACCCACGUUUCGGUGGAUUCACCAACUCAUGAAGGACAUGAACACUGAUAUUUGUCUCAUUCGUUUUGGAAGAACUAACUUUGUUACUAUUAGCUGUCCUGUUCUUGCUCGUGAAGUUUUGAAAAAGAAUGACGCUAUCUUCGCUAGCAGGCCCAAGACACUUUCUGCUAAAUCUAUGAGCGGAGGAUACUUGACAACUAUUGUGGUGCCCAACAAUGACCAAUGGAAGAAAAUGAGGAAGAUCCUAACCACAGAGAUCAUUUCUCCCGCUAGGCACAAGUGGCUCCACGAUAAAAGAACUGAGGAGGCAGAUAAUCUUGUGUUCUAUAUCCAUAACCAGUUCAAAGCUAACAAAAAUGUGAAUUUGAGACUUGCCACUAGGCAUUACGGUGGGAAUGUGAUCAGAAAGAUGGUGUUCAGCAAGAGAUACUUCGGGAAGGGAAUGCCCGACGGAGGACCAGGGGCUGAAGAAAUCGAACACAUUGACGCAGUUUUCACUGCUCUUAAAUACUUGUAUGGAUUUUGCAUAUCUGAUUACAUGCCUUUCUUGUUGGGGCUUGACCUCGAUGGUCAAGAAAAGUUUGUGCUUCAAGCAAAUAAGACCAUAAGGGAUUAUCAGAACCCUUUAAUAGAUGAAAGGAUCCAACAAUGGAGGAGUGGUGAAAGGAAGGAAAUGGAGGACUUGCUUGAUGUUUUCAUCACUCUCAAGGAUUCAGAUGGCAAGCCAUUGCUCACAGCUGAUGAGAUCAAGAAUCAAAUCGCUGAAAUUAUGAUAGCAACAGUAGAUAACCCGUCAAACGCAAUCGAAUGGGCAAUGGGAGAGAUGCUAAAUCAACCAGAAAUCCUGAAGAAGGCCACAGAGGAACUUGACAGGGUGGUUGGCAAAGACAGGCUUGUUCAAGAAUCUGACAUCCCCAACCUUAAUUAUGUCAAGGCUUGUGCAAGAGAAGCCUUUAGGCUCCAUCCAGUUGCACACUUCAAUGUCCCUCAUGUAGCUAUGGAAGACUCUGUUAUCGGUGAUUACUUUAUUCCAAAGGGUAGCUGGGCAACACUUAGCCGGUAUGGGCUUGGCAGGAACCCAAAGACAUGGCCUGAUCCACUCAAGUAUGAUCCAGAAAGGCACUUGCACGAAGGAGAGGUGGUGCUAACUGAGCAUGACUUGAGGUUCGUAACUUUCAGCACUGGAAGACGUGGCUGCGUAGCUUCAUUGCUUGGAAGUUGCAUGACUACGAUGUUGCUGGCGAGGAUGCUUCAGUGCUUCACUUGGACUCCACCAGCCAAUGUUUCCAAGAUUGAUCUCGCCGAGACUCUAGAUGAACUUACUCCUGCUACACCCAUUUCUGCAUUCGCUAAGCCUCGCUUGGCUCCUCAUCUCUACCCAAUGUCACCAUGAAAGUUGAAAGAGAGAUCAGAGAUCAAAUAUCUGAGUUCUUAAAACCUUUAUUAUUUGCUAAAAACAAAUAAAAAUAAUUUGGUUAUAUAUAAUUAGCGGGGUAACCAUACAAACUGCUUGUUUAGUGAGAGUUUUUAAUCAACUCUCAAAAUAAUUUGUGUGGCUACUUCAUCUUGUAUCUCUUGCAAUGGUUCCUGUACUAAAAUUGCCUUGCAAAAGUCUUAUUUCAUAUUUAUAUAUAAUGUCUUUCCACUUA